AUGGACGGCGGAGCGUAUGAUUGGAAUUACUUUUAUGUCAAUAUGUUCGUUGACCGCGAUAUGUUUAUGCGAUAUCGCGGUGGUGGUGUUGGCCACAAACCUAUCCAUGAAGCCACACGAUGCUUGCUUAAUGACCGCGAUGCACUCGACCAACUCCCAUUCAUGAUGGAGAAAGAGCGUGAGGCUCAAAGUUCUGAUGACGAAAUGGCAGAUAGUGUUGAGGGAGGUGACAACGAAGAGGACGAGAGCGAAGACGGCGAGAGUGAAGAAGACAAUGCGAUUGAUAUUGAGGACAGUGCUGAUGAAGAUGGGAACGAGGACGAGCCUGGCAGUGGCGAGGACCAGGACGACGAGGGCGACGGAACUGAUGAUCCACUCACUACAGAACAUCUCAUUGACGACGAUAUCGCAGAUGAGAUGGAUGAGUUUGGUUGGUUGGUUGAGAUGGAUGAGUUUGGUUGGUUGGUUCUCGUAGAAGACGAGGAUGAUGCACCACCGGAUGACGAUGAUCUUGGGGCAGAAGACGGCGAAGAACGUGAGCUGGAUUAUGACGAGGCUGAGGGCAUUGGAUUUGCGGAUUUAUAG